AUGUCCACCAACAAGGGGAAAGAUGUAGCAGAAGGAUCGUCGUCUGCUUCUGCUGCUGCUGCUGCUGAUCAGCAACAGUUGAAGCAGGCGCAGCCGGCUCAACUGAGCCGGUACGAGUCACAGAAGAGGAGAGAUUGGAACACUUUUGGGCAGUACUUGAGGAACCAGAGGCCUCCAGUUGCUCUUUCACAGAGUAACUCAAACCAUGUCCUGGAUUUCCUUCGGUACUUGGACCAAUUCGGAAAGACCAAGGUGCACUUACAAGGGUGCGUGUUUUUUGGGCAGCCAGAGCCUCCUGGCCCUUGCACUUGUCCACUUAGGCAAGCUUGGGGGAGCCUUGAUGCACUGAUCGGACGGCUGAGAGCUGCUUAUGAAGAGAAUGGUGGUUUGCCAGAAACAAACCCAUUUGCAAGUGGUGCUAUAAGAGUGUAUCUGCGUGAAGUCAGGGAUUCUCAAGCCAAGGCUCGGGGAAUUCCGUACAAGAAGAAGAAAAAGAAGAGGAAUCUAUUGAAGGCCAAUCUCGACCACAAUCCCAACUUCACCAUGCACCAAUCUUGA